UGUACCAACGCUAGCUGUGUCCCAAAACGUCGGCUGCAUCCUCCGGAAGCCGCAUUUGAAGGCCGAGUCCUCCGAAGGAUGCAGCCGACGUUUUGGGACACAGCUCAAGUCCACACCGAUGCAUGCUCGAUAAAACGGGCGGAGCGAGAACACAUUCGGGACUUUUUCGCGUUCUCGGCUUGAUGCGUACUUCGAAUUGGAACAGUACUUGGUCUCCGACUGAUGACGUAUCACGAGUACACGAGAACGCAAGAAGACCCUGCCUUGACACGCUGGGUGUACGCACGAGGCAAUCCCUACGCACACUUCAGGCCUACAAACAAGACCUCUCUGCUGGGUGCAAUGUUUGGAGUUGUACCUCUCUUUGCCCUUUACUACAUCUUCAAGACAGACAGGGAUCGGAAGGAGGAGCAAAUUAAGGCCGGUACUCUCGAGCGCAAGUUCAGUUUGUCAUCUUGAGCCCAGAUGUAGAAAGACCCUCGUCCUGUGUGUUCUAGAGAUGAUGUCCAUGUGUGUAAUUAUUAUUAACCGAAUAAAAUUAUAUUGUCAAACCAGA